CUAAAGUCAUAUAUUCUUCUCCUUAGUGAAACUUAAGCAAAGCAUAAUCUGCCUAACAAUAAUAGAGCUAUAUAGUCACUAUUGAAAAAUCCCUUUUUCCUAUUCAAAAAGACAAAUCAAAUCCAUACACAUACAAUUAAGCAUAUAUAUAUCAAAAUUUCAUGUCUCCCACUUCCACAUUCAAAAUAACCCAAUAAAAAAAAACAUAGCAACUCAUGAAGAUAGACAAAGAAAUCUCUCACCCCAUCCAUCCAUACCACAAACUCAAACUUGAAUACACUGAAAUCCCAUUCAAUUGUGAUGGAUGUAAAGAAGGUGGAAUUGGCCUAAAGUACAAGUGCCAACACUGCGAAUUCGACCUACACAAAACUUGUGUUGCUGCUCGUCCAAUCAUAACUCAUCCAUUUUACAACAAGUGUGAAUUUCAACUACACUACUCUCCACCAGGGGAAGCCAAGAGAUUAUGUGAUGGUUGUAAAAAUGAAGUGUUGGGUUUUGUUUACCAUUGCAAGAGAUGCGAUUUCGAUCUCCACCCAUGUUGUGCUAACCUCCCUCAAGUCCUAGAUGAUGGGAAGCACAGCCUUUACUUGUGUCACAAGUUACCGAGCGCUUGCCAUAGGUGCGGCGGUAAGGGGUCAGGGUGGGCAUACCGGUCAGAGUGCAGGACAUAUAACCUUCAUGUGGGUUGUGUUAAGGAGUUGGUUGUGGAGAGUUGGGAAGCCAUGUAUUUGAAUGUGGACAAGAACAAGGUUAGAGAUUUGCAGACUAAGAUUCCAAGCCUUAAAGGGACACUAAAGAAUCAUCAUCAUCAUGGAAAUGGGAAGGUGAUGAGGAAAUGUUGUGAAAUUGCUGGUGGAGCUGUUCGAGUUAUAGUUUCUGCUAUUCUUGGUGAUCCCACUGCUCUUAUUGGUGCUGUUGUUGGUGGUUUUAUUUCUAAGUAGAUGAAAAUAUGAAACAACAUUAUAAGUAAAUAAUAAGGUAUAUAUGGUACUUGUUUAGUGCUUGUUUCAUCUUAAUUGAUGUGAAUGUAUGUUGAUAUGUUUAUAUUAUAUAUGUUCGAAAAUUAAUAAUGGCAAGAUACAAAUUUCGUAUAUAA